AUGUCUGUUUCUUCUAUUGUUAUGUUGUCGAUUGGAACUUUGUGUUUUUUGGUUAGUUCUAAGGGUGUUAUAAUUGUUAGUCUGAAGGGUAUUAGAAUUGUUAGUCAUGGAGGUGGUAGUGUUAUUACUCGUGGUGGUAGUGCUAUCAUUAGUCUUGGGAAUAGUGGUAUUGUUGGUCUUGGAGGUAGUACUAUUAUUAGUCUUGGGAGUAGUGGUAUUGUUGGUCUUGAAGGUGGUACUAUUGUUAGCACUCAUUUUUUGUACCUAAUACGAAAAAAAUCAUGUAUACCUACUCAACAGGUUAUUAAUGAUCUAAUCCCAAAUAUAGAAAAUGUGCAAUUGUUGGCAUGUUUAAUAAUUGUGACAGCAAUUGCAAUGCAAACAUUAAAUAAUAAACAAAAGGAAGAGGUGAUUGUAUUACAGGAUGAAUCUACUAAAACCAAAUUGUCAAGACAGGCCCGUAUAUAUAAAAAUAAAAAACUUAGGCAUAAGCAAAAACAAACCGAGAUGCUUCAUAGCCUGAAUGAUGAUAUUCUUCUAGUAAUCGAUAAUAUUAUCUUUGAUCCAUCUUGGGUAUGGUGA